AUGAUGUCCUAUUUGAAACAACCGCCGUACACAGUGAACGGACUGAGCUUAUCUACCUCAGGCGUGGACCUGCUGCACCCUUCUGUGGGAUACCAAGGAACUCCAAGAAAGCAGAGACGAGAGAGGACGACAUUCACACGGGCCCAGCUCGAUGUGUUGGAAAACCUGUUCUCCAAGACGAGAUACCCUGAUAUUUUCAUGAGAGAAGAGGUGGCCUUAAAGAUCAACCUGCCCGAGUCCAGAGUGCAGGUUUGGUUCAAAAACAGACGCGCCAAGCAUCGGCAGCAGGCCCAGCAGACGCAGACUGGGGUGCAGAAACAGGCCGUGAACAGACCGCUGAAAAAGAAGGGCUCUCCAGUGCGAGAGGCAAGCUCCGAGAGCGGGGCUAGUGGGCAAUUCACGCCGCCAUCCAGCACCUCCAUUCCGGCUGUAAGCAGCAGCACGGCCCCGGUGUCCAUCUGGAGUCCGGCCUCCAUCUCUCCUCUGUCAGACCCGCUCUCCACCUCCUCUUCAUCGUGUAUGCAGCGUCCCUAUCCAAUGACCUACACCCAAGCAACGGGCGGCUACAACCAGGGCUACACCGGCUCCUCGUCCUACUUCACGGGAAUGGACUGCAGCUCGUAUUUGUCACCCAUGCAUCACCAACUUUCCUCCGCGGGCUCCGCUAUGAGUCCCAUGGGCGGCAGCGGAGUGUCCAGCCACAUCAGUCCCGCAAACACGCUCUCCUCGUCGGCGUACGGAGCAGCGACGGGCCUGGGCUUCACCGGAGCAGACUGUCUCGACUAUAAGGACCAAACCUCCUCAUGGAAGCUCAAUUUCAACGCGGACUGUUUGGAUUACAAAGACCAGGGCGCUUGGAAAUUUCAAGUUUUAUAA